AUGGUUAACCGUGGUCGAUCAACUGGGUGCAAGACAUGCAAGCAGCGACGCGUCAGGUGCGACGAGGCGAAGCCGUUAUGCCGCGAGUGUUCACGUGUUGGUUAUCGGUGCCAAGGAUAUACUGAAGAGCCCUUACGGCUCAGGUUUCAAGUCCCAGAGAUCAAGAACAAGGGCAAGCGUCAACAGAGCGUACGAAUCCGCACGAAACGCCAUCCGGUGCUUGUGAAUAUUGCACCGCCAAGCCCUUCGCCAUUCAAGCAACGACUGUUGUUGGUGACCGAGAAUGUGAAAACCGAGGCCGUCUCUACGUUUCUCGCCCACGUCGCCGUCUUGGGUCGCGAUUUCGAAUCAACACGCGGCCUUCUGGAAGUGUUGGUUCCGGCUCUCGCGGUAGAGAGUCCGGGCUCACCACUACCCUUGGCAUUGAACGUAGCUGCUUUGCAGUUCUGGUCAAUGGCUCAUGGGUCUGGGGCAUCCUCACCGGAAGGGAUGCUGUCAGAGGCAAAUGGAUGUCUUCGAUCAGCGAUCCAAGACCCGGUUCAGAGGAGCCGCGAAGGCACCAUUUUAGCCGCCCUCCUGCUUCAGCGUUACGAGCGUCUCUCUGCCACUUGGAAUUCGCACAAACCAUCUGGACUUCAUCGCAAUGGAGCAUUGGCUCUUCUUCGACAGCAGCAGCUUGAUGGGACCAAGUCAGAUAAUCACGGGUACUUGAUAUCACAAGUUCUCCAUAUUGAAGUUUCUGCCUGCAUUCGGAAGAAAGAGCCUUUCCCGAUUACUGAAAUUGCGUGUAUGGAUAACCCAGCCAUCUUACCAGCGAAUCCAAGCACAAUGCUUGACACUAUUGGCGUAUCCGUCGCGAACCAUCAACACGAGUUUUCUCUAUUUCUAUCAGGAGACCCAGCUGUAACGACUUCUAUAUCGAGCAUCGCACAAUGGCUUGAGAGUAUCCGGCAUGCGGAGGCGCAGCUUCAGCAGUGGCCACACACGGUGCCCAGCCACUGGCACCCACGGAGCGUUAAAAUAGACAAACAUAACGACAAUACCAUUGAUACAUUCAGUGGAUUUUCUGAUGUGUAUCCGAACAUUCAGAUUGCGGCCAUUUGGAACGUCUGGCGGGUCUACCGAGUCUUGCUUCUAAGAAUCAGACUCAGACUUCUUGCGGAAUUCCCUGAACUGAUUGUUCGCAGUAGCGGCAUUGAAUCAAUCCCCUCCGAUAUCUCGAUGCAACCUGCUGACCACGAUGAGGGUCAGAAUCUGCUUCUAGGGCUAGUUGACUCCAUAUGUCAAAGUGUUCCCUUUCAUUUGGGGAACCUUCUCAAGCCGAUAGGUCUUUCUGAUCUCAGGGACCCGAAAAUUCAGUUUCCCAGCUACCAUGAUCUAGAUCCAACUGAUCUUCAUUAUGUCAAUUACCUUGGGAGCAAGUAUUUCAUGUCUAGGGAUGACCAUCGGAGGCAUGCAAUUGUUCAGGGCUCAUGGCAAAUGUUGCAUACUCUCAUUCACCUUGUGGACGUGUUCGCCGAUGAAAGCCCCGGUGGUUCAUUGGUUGGUUUCUUACGAAGAGGCCAAGUGUACUGGAUUAGACAACAGUUCCUGCGAGUCCUCAAGUUGCUUCGUCUACAGCACGUUGGAUCUGCCAAUGAUAAGAGUCAUCAUCGCACAGCAGGCGUCCUCGCUGAUUAUGAUCCGACGAACGUUGAGAUCAUUGCGACCAGAGUUCGGGAGGCAUUAGCCAGGUGA